AUGAAUACAGUCAGAUCUACCUGGAUGGGCUGGGGUGCCCUCUUAGUCGCUGGCGGCGGAGCGUACUACUUCGCAAAGCAAUCCAUCAACGCCGACCGACAAUCCCGAUUCGAGGCCGAGAUCAAGCACAAGGCCCAGAUGAAGUUGAUGGAGGAACAACAUACUCGCCAAGCACUCUCCGUGCCCGCACACACGAACAAUGAUGUCAGCGCGAAUAUAGCGAAGAUGGCCAAAUUCCAAAACGCUGCCGACGACGUUGCCUCGCCUAGUGUCGAGGCCUCCCACGACCCAGCACCUACCCGUCACGAACCUUUGACUGAGGCCGACCGAGUAUUGGAGAAGGGCAAAUAUGAGGCUGCGAAGCCGUACCGUCCGCCUACUGGAAACCGAUUCAGCUGA